AUGAUCGCUAUUGCGGCGACCCCGACGCUCUCAAACGGCGCUGGAAUGGCGGUGCAGCGUCUGCGCAUCCUCCUACCGGGGGAGAGGAGGGGUGAGGUCCGCCUGCUGACCUUCAAGAAAUCGGUGCUGACGGCUGCUUCCUUCGAGGAAGCCACGCACGACGGUUACGCGCACCCCCUCGGCACCCCCUCCCGCCAAGGCUAUGGCGACACACAUCGCCUGGUCGACAAGGUGCUUCACCAGGCACCGCUGCGCGCGGUCGCCAUCACCGAGGACGGCAAAAGCGGCGUGACAAUGAGUGAGCAGGGCAUGCGCAUCCGAGUGCUGGACUUCGUCGGUGACGACAAGAUGACCAACCGGCUCACCCUUGAUCGAGGCCACCUGCCCGCCGUCGUCGACACCGUCUCGCUCGCCAUCGUCACCGUGCCCCAGGGUUACCCCUUGAUGCGGAGCACCGCGCCCGCGACGGCAUACACCCACGAGCGAUGCGGCAGUAACGACAACAACGCACCUGCUCACGUCAGUGAGCCACUGACUCGACAGUACCAGCGCUUGACAGAGGCGGUGCACGACAUCGUGGUGUGCCUCACGAGCUCCGGCACAACCCACAUCUUCGGCUGCGGCCUUCAGCAAGUGCUGUUUUACCACAGUGACAAGACACUGCUGCCGCGGGUUGGCUACCCAUACGCGUUUUCUGUGUGCUUGCCGCCCCUUCUCGCUAAGGAGGGUGUCGCCUCGGUGUUCGUGGCGCGUAGCGACGUGACCACCUCCGCAGUACACUAUCUUCCCCGCCACGAGCACUACGUCACCAAGGGAGGGAAGCGCGACAGCAGCAAUGGCGCGACUGAUCACUUGCCCGGCGAGUUCUUUGCAUUUGAACUGCGUUACCACAGCAACACUGCGGCAGCGGCUUCCCCAGGUGGGGCGGGUAGCACAUCCAAGUGCACAACGCUUUUCUGCUUCACCCUUUCCGCCCCGUGA